GCAAUAGAGCGGGAUUCAUCGAUCUGUCGGUUGGGGCUAGCAAGAUGGCAUCCACCGAACAACCUGAUCCACCAACACAGUCUGUUCUUCCUCCAGGAGAUGAUGGGGGAGCUCGGCCCAGAGAAGCACUGGUUGCAACUGCUGUAAAAUUUCUACAGAACCCGAAAGUAUGCGAGAGCCCCCUGGCCACCAGAAAAGCCUUCUUGAAGAAAAAAGGACUUACUGAUGAAGAGGUCGAGUUGGCCAUCCAACGCUCUGGCAGCACAGAGCAAGUCCUGCCUCUAAGCCCUGUGGGGCUCCAACAACCACCUUAUGCAUCUCAGCUGACUCCAGCACCACCCACAGGCUACAGAUGGAGAGACUACGGCGCGCUCACCAUCAUUAUGGUUGGCAUCGCAUUUGGCUUUCAUCAGCUUUACAAGAAAUACAUCCUUCCCCUCAUUAUGGGGAGCCAAGAGGACAAGAAGCAUCUGCAGAGGAUGGAAGGCAACAUUGCAGCAAUGAGUGGCACGCUGACACAGACAGUCACCCAGCUGCAGCAAACCCUGGUCCAUAUCCAGGAGCUCCUGGUCCAGCAGCAGCAGAAGAUUCAAGAACUGUCACAAGAACUGUCUACAGCAGAGACAUCAUCCUCAACCAACCGCAUCCUGGACAGCCAAACAGUUGGAGAGCUGAAGGCUGAGAUUGCCUCUUUGAAGGGCUUACUGCUCAGCAGGAGACAGUUUCCUUCCACUCCUGCUAUUUCCAAGAUCCCCUCGUGGCAGAUUCCUCUGAAAUCACCUUCAGCGACCGGCUUGCCAUCCGUUAAUCACACCAACAGCAGCAGCGACAUCUCCCCCGUCAGUAACGAGUCUACUAACUCGUCCCCAGUCAAAGAUGGACACCACAUCCCCCAGGAUGCGCUGGGAGGGCCAGAUGGAGCCCACAAUAUUAACGGAGACACCUGCACUGCACCGCCAUUAGACCAGGUCCGCAUGGAAGUGCAGGGCGAGGAGGAAAAGAAGGACGAAGACGAAGAGGAUGAUGUUAGCCAUGUAGAGGAGGAGGACGAGGUUCUGAGCAUGCAGACGCAGGAUCGACGAGGCGGAGAUGGACAGAUUAAUGAACAGGUGGACAAACUUAGGCGGCCCGAGGGUGCCAGCAAUGAGAGCGAGAUUGAUUAGCCGACAAGUAGGAAGCAUAAAAAGGCUCCCUUCUCAAAUUGCCUCAUUUCUCUACAUACCUCCCUGAUCACACCUUUUGAUUUCAAACCACCCUCUCCUUCCGUUUCUACUUCUUGUUGAAUUCUGAUGUUGAGAAAAACGAGGAGUAGGUGUGGAUAUUUAAAGGAUUAACAGCUGACAGAUAUUGGAGGUGUUGGUGAAUAAAAGAUUGCCUACAAUUUACUUUUGAUCAUACAAAUCAAGCCGCAUGCUAUGCAGUCUUAUGUAGAUCUCUCUCCAUGGGGGAGAAAUACUAGAAGUAAUGGAAAAAUGACAACAGCUUUAAAAGGCGCCUGUUUAAUACUAACCAUGCCUGACUUCUAGCUUUUAAUUUAAAUGAUAUGAUCCAAUUAUUACCAGCUUUACCCUAGCAGUCUUGUAACUGUACUGAAUUAGACCAAAGCUGCCCAUCCGUUGGUCAGGAAGCAGAUGUUGCUUCAGUCUCAAAGUUACAGGGAUCUUCCUGUGAGGCUUUAGCCGAGUCGCUCUUCUUGCUGAUGGCAAUAGGAGAGGACAAGCUCUUCCAGGCCUGAAGCUUUUAGCCUCUUUUAUGUGUCCUUUUGCAUCGGUGUCAGUCUGUCAAUAAUUCACAAGGCCAGCAGGGUGGCAUUUGGGUGAAAUAAAAGCCCUGAAAUUUGAGAUUAGAAUGUGAUGACGGGCUUUGUUCCAUGCAGGUGUCAGAGUGCUCAUAUGCUCAGAGGAGGAAGGGUUGGGGGAAGAUAAAUGUCCCCCCCUCUCUCUCUCUGUCUCUGUGCUCUCCUUUUUCACCGAGGGCUGAAUCCCGCAUCUUUGCAAGCAUUUGUUUGCACGCGAGUCAGACGAGAAAAAACCCAGACAGUCUGCAGGAGCUAUAUCCGCGUCUCCAGCAGGGCAGCUGAUUUGGUUUGUGAAGUAUGUUAAUAAUCAAAUGAUCAACAAAUAACAGAUGUAUUAGUUCAUGCAGCUUGAAAUGUCAAGGAGGCUAAAAGCGGAAAUCUAAUACUGGAAGCCCAGUUGCAUCGUAUCAUUUUCUGUGACAAACCCUGCGGUCCAAAUUAGGUAGGGCCUCCCACGGUGAGUAAUCUUUACAGAAAACGGCAACAAUAUUUUGUAAUUAAGCUGCAGUAAGACAAAAGCGCUGCCACAGAUGGAAGUUGCAGAACUGGUAUUACUUUCUUUUUUCUCACUCUCUCUCCCUCUCUCUUGAUGUGGAGGUGGAUGAGGAAGUAAAAAAAAUGCCCCAUGAUUGAAAAGGAAAGUAAUAAAUGAAUACUUGAGUUAUUGAAUUACUCAAUGUGUCUCAAGCUAACAAGAAGAGUCCAUCACUGAGAGGAAGGGAUGCCAGCCUUUCUGUCCCCGUCACGUGGAAUCCUACGUGCAAAAAUACAGCAGAUGGUUUUAUCCUGUAAUUAAACACUGAAUAGUAUGUUUGCUGUAAAAUCUUGAGUUUUUUGUAUGGAGGGGAACCUUAAAAAAGUGUAUAAAAUUCAUCAAUAACUGUAAUAAAAGUGGUCCACCACAAAAA